UUUUCCAGCGUCAGAGGGCGUGGCCUGGGAGGGGUACCCCCAGUGGACGGUGCCUGAAAGGCGGAGAAGCCAGCCCCCCGCCGGGCGAUUCAGGCAGAUGCGCCAUGGCCGCGGGAGCCCUUCGCCUGUCCAGCUUGGUGCUCCUGCUCGCAUAAAAGACUCACAGGAGCUGCCUUCAUUGAACCCUGUUAUUCUUCGUCUAAAAUCAAUCGUCACAGCAGCCCCAUCGCAUCGAUAUCUUUGUCUCCAUUGUUAUCGCGCCAGCCUCGGAGACCCCUCUGCUCACGGGCCCCUCGUGACACUUACUGCCAACCCCCUGGAGCGCGGUGAUGUGCUUCACCAGCCUUUCCCCAUGCCCAGGGCUUCCCAUGGCGGCCGGUUUGCACAUCCUUCCAGACGAAUCUUCCCUCUCCUUCCGCACUCGGCAUUUACCGAGUGCCUGUGGGGUUUCAUCAGCUGCCAGCUGAUGCGUUUUGGAAGUAUAGGUGGGAAUAUCACUUUGUCGCCAUCAAGCACUGUAAACUUUACAGAGAUCAUAUGGAAAAAAGGAAAGGAUAAGGUUACAGAAUGGAGUACAAACUUUAACGUCACAACUUACUCCCUUUUGGAAGGGAGGGUUCAUUUAGACCCUAAGUCAGGUGACCUCACCAUCUCCAAUUUAACAUCAUCAGAUGAAGGUGAAUAUGAAAUGAAGUCCAUGGAUCUGACAGAUAGCUCUAAAUUUCAUCUUACAGUCCUCGACCCUCUUCGGUCUCCGACACUAAAUUGUACAGUGACUAAUGAGAUCAUCUCCGUCCAUUGCAAGAUGCCUCAAAGUUACCGCCGGCAUCGGGAGCUGUUACGCUACGCAUGGCAUUGCCCUUUCCCACAGUGUGAGGGAAGCUGGGAGCUCGAGGCCCCUGUGCUAAAUUUUACGAAGGAGGGCGAUCUCUCACGGGAAGUACGUUGUUUUGUUAAAAAUCAAGAAUCCAACAGGACGUCCUCAAUCGUUUUGUCAACCUGCGUCCCAAGUGAUAAUUCAAGGCAUAGAUAUGCACUCACAGCUGUACCAUUCGCAGUAAUAGUCUGUGCAGUAGGUUUUCUGAACUGUGCCAGACGGACGGACUGAACCACCUCCAGAUGAUGAAAUGAAAUCCUCAGUCACUAACUGGAAACAACUUAAAAUACCUCUGCAGUAUUACACAGUCUUCCAAAACCUUCACAGUUACCUUAACUGGUAACUUCAUCAGUGUUUUGGUGGGGUUUUUUUGUUUGUUUGUUUUUUUAAGAAAAAAACAAACCAAGGAGAUUACCCCUCCCCAGUACUGUGUGACAGCUAGUCAUCUUAUUGUCCCUGGUGCUGUGGCGGCUCUUGUAAAUAACUGUAAUUAUGUACAGAAACAACUAGGUGGCUUGGCUCUUUCUCUCCUAAGUUAAAAAAAUAAAGUGGCCACGUACCGUACGAGGCCACGGCUUUUUACUGAAACCUGCACUCCCCUUCUCUGUUGCUUUAGAGCAGUGGUUCUCAACCUUCUGGCCCUUUAAAUACAGUUCCCAUGUUGUGGCCCAACCAUAAAAUUAUUUUCGUUGCUACUUCAUAACUGUCAUGUUGCUACUGUUAUGAAUCGCAAUGUAAAUAUCUGAUAUGCAGGAUGGUCUUAGGCGACCCCUGUGAAAGGGUCGUUCAACCGCCAAAGGGGUCGCGACCCACAGGUUGAGAACCACUGCUGGGGCAGUGAGAUUCGCGCCAUGAAGAUCUGUUACCCACUUAGCGUGCUGUGCUCGUUGUCACACAUUAAAAAACAAACAAACA